AUGACUUCUUCCAUAUUUCUACCUUCCUCGCCGCCGCUGUUUCCAAACGCGGAUGACCAAGAUGACGAUAUACCGUCCUCGCCGCCAAUCUUCCCAACAUACGAAGUGACAGUCCCCAGCCGGAAACGUCCUUGGCCGGUGCUUGACGACCCGUCAAGUGACCCAUUAUUUUCAGACGACAAUCUCGGCGCAGAGGACCGGUCGCAAUAUGAAGGCCCGAAACAGAAGCGCAUGCUGAAAAUGCCGUGGUGGAAGUUAGGCAUGAGGUCACGUCUGGAAAAAGAGCCAGUCAUAGGCAAGGACAGCGGCGUUUUCAUGGGUAGCGAUGCAAGCAUGGAGGACAGCAGCGCAGAUGAGGGUAUUUUCGAUGGGAGCUGUGAUCUACCUUCGACUCCGCGAACGGUACGGCCAACGCAAUCGGCACAAAAUACACCCAUUGUCAAAGAUGGACCUGAGCAACGGGCGAUUCGCAUGAUUGAAGAUUGUGUCGACAAUGGAAACGAAAGAAUCGACCUGGCAGGGUUCGGCUUGGCCGGUAUAACGCCCGCUAUGAUCAAACCUUUACAUCACUUGAUUCGACAAGCACACAUCGCUGGAGCAGAGCCUCCCUCAGAACAUGAAUUUCGCGCCCUGACACCCUCCAUCAAGAUGUUCCUCGCAGGCAACUCCAUCACCGGAUUGCCUGGCGAUCUUUUCGAGCUGCAGAAUCUCACAGUGUUGAGCUUAAGAAGUAAUCUAAUCACAUCAAUACCACCGACCAUAUCCCGAUUGCAGAAGUUGCAAGAAUUCAACAUCUCCAGUAAUGCUCUCGAAUACUUGCCGUGGGAGUUAUUACGCCUUUAUGAAAAGGAUCAAAAGAUUGUCGUGCGACCGAACCCCUUGGUUCGACCAAAGCUGGCAGAAGCCGAUAUUGAUGCCUUGCGGAGCACGUCUCGCAUUUCCAUGUCGUCACAAACAGAUCCCGACGCAGCCAUGCGACUCAAAAUAUUAAGGCUCAAGUCAACAGUCGACACUUUAGCAGAGAAUACCUACCACGCGAUACGUUCGGAAUGUCGGGCAGCAGGUGUUCGGGACCUUGAGACCGAGAUGCAAUUGCGAAUAGCGCUAGCUCAAGCAAUGCAUAGUGAGCAUAAACGACGAAUUGAAUACGAGAGCGCCUCACCCCUAAUCUUCGUGGCGUCCACGACAGUACGAAAGUUGCAAAAAGGCUUUGCGGCUACAGAGACCGAACACCGCCUGGCCAGAUCACCUUCAUCAUCGAAAGAUGAGGGCAGUCUUAUGUCCUUCGGAGACCACGACCACGAUUCCUUAUCCUCGACGGAACCUGUUCGAGUCACCGGUCCGGGUGCUCCUUCCCUGCUUGAGCUCUCUCUACAGUCCGUUCAGAAACAUAUGUUCCCCGCUCAAAUCGCUAGUCUGCGUGAUGACUCCCCACCACAAAUCCAGGCCGCGUUGAAAUUGACUCUCGAAGGUGUUGAAUACGGCAACAGACAUUGUUCAACGUGCGGUCGUAGCUUCAUCAUCCCCUGGGCACGCUGGAUUGAGUUCUGGUUGUGCGGGAAUCCCAAUACUAGCUGGGACAAUAUUCUUCCGUUUGAGAGAUUCGCGUGUAGUGAGGCGUGCGCGCGGCCAUCGGCGCCAGGAACCUUUCGGGAAAGGAGAAAGAGAGAGAGGACAGACGGCUUUUAA